GGGUUCGAGUCCCCCGGGGAAGCUGCCGCCAAGGGGCCGCAUCCCCGGAGCCCAGGCCUGGGCGCUCGUCUAAGGCCCUGCGGGCAGGGGAGUCGGCGGUCCGCGGCCGCACAGGUGUCCGGGUGGCGGCGCCCGAGCCCCCACCGGCGGGGCGGGCGGGAGGGAUGGGCGCCGCCCGUGCGCGGGGGCCGGGGCCCGAGGGGGAGGUUCCCGCGAGGUGGUUCUCGGGCUCCUCCUCGGCGCUCAGGUUUCCUCUCCCGCCCGCCGGCUGCUGGCUGCGGCGCCGCCUCCCUCCCCGCCACGGCCGGGCCCACUCUGCGGCCUCUGCCCGCCUCGCCCCCGCCCGGGCCUCCUCCAGCUUUCUCUCUCCGCUUCCCCUCGAACCUCCGGAGGAGCCCGCAGCCGCGGGGCGCGCGGGAAGAUGGCGGCGGCGGGAGGCGGUAGCGGCGAGGGGGGCGCGGGCCUGGGCGGCGCGGCGGGGCCAGGGUCGCGGGCGCGCGGGCCGAGCCCCUCUGCCGGCGCGAGCGAGGACGCCCGGGGCCCCGCGCCCAGCGCGCUGCACCCCGAGGAGGUCGCCGCGCGGCUGCAGCGGAUGCACCGGGAGCUGAGCAACCGCAGAAAAAUCCUGGUGAAAAACCUGCCCCAGGACAGCAACUGCCAGGAAGUUCAUGAUUUAUUACAAGACUAUGAGUUAAAGUAUUGUUAUGUGGACAGAAAUAAGCGAACAGCUUUUGUUACCUUACUGAAUGGGGAGCAAGCCCAGAAUGCAAUUCGGAUGUUUCAUCAAUAUUCUUUUCGAGGAAAGGACUUAAUUGUUCAGCUCCAGCCAACAGAUGCUUUGCUGUGUAUUACCAACUUGCCCACUUCUUUUACAUUAGAAGAAUUUGAAGAACUUGUUCGUGCUUAUGGAAAUAUCGAGAGAUGUUUUCUAGUGUACAGUGAAGUUACUGGCCAUUCCAAAGGCUAUGGAUUUGUGGAAUACAUGAAAAAGGACUUCGCUGCAAAGGCUAGAUUGGAGUUAUUGGGUAAACAGUUGGGAACUUCAGCUCUGUUUGCACAAUGGAUGGAUGUUAAUCUAUUGGCCCCAGAGCUCAUUCAUUCUAAGUGCCUUUGUAUAGAUAAACUCCCUAGUGACUACAGGGAUUCAGAAGAGCUGUUGCAAUUUUUUUCCAAUAUACAUAAACCCAUGUUUUGCCAGCUUGCACAGGAUGAAGGUAGUUAUGUUGGUGGCUUUGCAGUGGUUGAAUAUAACACUGCGGAGCACGCCGAAGAGGUUCAACAAGUAGCGGAUGGCAUGACCAUCAAGGGAAGCAAAGUCCAAGUUUCCUUCUGUGCUCCGGGAGCGCCAGGGCGAAGUACGUUAGCAGCAUUGAUAGCAGCUCAACGUGUGAUGCACAGUAAUCAAAAAGGCUUACUUCCAGAGCCAAAUCCUGUACAAAUUAUGAAAAGUUUAAACAAUCCUGCCAUGUUACAAGUUCUUCUACAGCCCCAGCUCUGUGGGCGAGCUGUUAAACCAGCAGUUCUCGGAACACCUCACAGCUUGCCCCAUCUGAUGAACCCAUCCAUCUCCUCCGCGUUUUUGCAUUUGAAUAAAGCACAUCAGAGCACAGUUCUGGGUAAUACUUCCAGUUUACUCCUUCAGAAUCUUUCUCAUGUACCCCUGGCACAGCAACAGUUGCUGAAGUUUGAGAAUAUUCCUACUAAUAACAAACCCGGCUUACUCGGAGAUCCCCCAGCUGUGGUGCUUCAAACCGCAGUAGGGAUAGGGUCAGCACUUCCUUUGAAAACAGAGUUGGGUCAUCAUGGAGAAGCACAUAAAACAUCUAAUCUGAUUCCAACUCCAACAACGAUAACAGCUGGCAUGGGCAUAUUACCAUUCUUUCCAAAUCAGCACAUUGCUGGACAAGCUGGGCCAGGCCAUGGGAAUACUCAGGAGAAACAGCCAGCCUCGGCGGGGAAGGCAGAAGGAAAUUUCUCAGGGUCACAGGCUUAUCUUCAGAGCUUUCCAAACCUUACUGCUGGAGGCUUGCUGACGGGACAUCAUAAGCCACAGCAAAGUCAGCCAAGAGGCACGGAGAUAAGUUCAGGGGUGGCCUCUAAGAAUCAGACUUCACUAUUGGGAGAACCACCAAAAGAAAUACGGCUCAGUAAAAAUCCAUACCUGAACUUGGCAAGUGUGUUGCCCAGUGUGUGCUUAUCAUCCCCUGCAAGUAAAACCACUCUGCAGAAGACUGGAAUUGCAAGCAAUAUUCUGGAUGCAAUCUCUCAGGGAAAUGAAUCACAACACACAUUGGAGAAGUGCAUUUCUUAUUCCCAGCCCUUUGGUGAUUAUGCACAGGUAUCCUCUUUGAGAAAUGAAAAGCGAGGCUCAUCAUAUCUCAUCUCUGCCCCAGAAGGUGGUUCUGUGGAAUUUGUUGACCAGCAUUCUCAGGGCACAGGAGCAUAUUACAUGGAAACCUACUUAAAAAAGAAGCGUGUAUACUGAGUUAAGUUCUCUUCUUAUAACCUCAUAAGGUUUUUGCAGUAUCUCUGCUGUUCAUCGCUGCCUUAACUACAUCCAGACUAGCCAUAUCCUUUAAAUACGGGUUUCUAAUUUCCCAGAAGGAACUGUAUCGUGCAGCAAGCAGAAUUGCCAAAUAAAAAAUAAGUAGCAAUAAGAUAAGACAAUGGAGGACAUUUUCCAUUACAAUUAGAUGUAUCUUAAUUGGUAUUAACUUAUAGUCCAUUGGAGAAAGUAACAAUGUUCCAAUAUUCCUUGUUUAGGACUGGGAAUAAUUUUGACACCAUAUAUAAAAGUAUGAAGCAAUAAAUGGGAAACAGUCUUGUUUCCUGAGCCUUAGAAGAAUGAAUUUCUUAUAUGCCAAUGUGCAUUUCAAUCUACUUUCCCUAGAAGUAAUCUCAUUUAUAGAUUUUUUUUAGACCUUUUCCUAGAACUACAAGAGUGCAAGUACAAAAUGCAGUGCUGGUAAUGUUAUAAAGAUGCUCUACAUGCAAACUAAUUACCCCUACAUCAGUCCUGCAGUAUAAAAGCCAGAGUGAUGUCCAAGUUCUACACAACUGCAGAUGCUUUACUUUUAAUGUUCUCUACCUACCAUUUAUACCUUUUGUGAAAAACGAGCUAUUUUUGAAAAAAGAAAAAAGUAGCUUUGGUGAAAUAAUUUCAUGGGUUGGCAGACUACACCCUGGGGUCAAGUUCCGUCCUCCAUCUGUUUUUUAUACUGUCUGCAAGCUAAGACUGAGGUUUACAUUUUUAAAUGAAGUAGAACAGACUUGAAUUAAGUUCUAUGAAAUUCACAUUUCAGUGUCCAUAUAUAAAAUUUUAUUGGAACACAAACAUGCUCAUUCAUUUACAUACUAUCUAGAGCUACUUG